ACAGUCUGUGCUUGGGAAGAUUUUUUUCCCAGUUUUACCGACCUUAUAUCGGAUUCUUCGAAUAUUCCAUCGGAAGUAUGGGUUCGCUAUACAUGCAGGUGUCUACAUAGAAAGAAAUUUGUGUUAUUGUAACCGCGAUCGCGGUUUAUUCAAGGUGUAUUUUUACCGCUCGUCCGUGCCGCUGUGGUAUAUUUACAUUCAGGAUAUUCGGCUAGGCUGCUCUUGCAGUACACUCGAGUCGCGGUGAUCAUAUCCCAGUCAACAGUGGAUAGCUUAAAUUCAACUGUUAUACGUCGGAGCCUAUAUAGACUGUAUUGUAAUCAUGGAAAGCAACAUUGAACGCGAUUGCAGUGCCCUUGGUGGCUUAUUCCAGACGAUCAUGAACGACAUGAAGACAAGUUCCCCAGUAUGGGAAGAUUUCAUGAAUAAAGCAACUAAACUUCACCACACACUCAAGGCUACCCUGCUAGCAACUGCUGCUUUUCUCGAAGCAUUUCAAAAAAUUGCAGAUAUGGCAACAAAUACUCGAGGUUCUACAAAAGAAAUUGGUGCUGCUUUAACAAGAAUGUGUAUGAGGCACAGAAGUAUAGAACACAAACUUAGAAAUUUUUCCAGUUCCAUUAUGGAUUGUUUAGUAAUUCCACUGCAAGAUAGAGUAGAAGAGUGGAAGAAGAUAGUCACGCAGUUAGAUAAAGACCAUGCAAAAGAAUACAAAAAAGUACGUCAAGAAAUAAAGAAGAAAUCCUCGGACACCAUUAGACUACAAAAGAAAGCAAGAAAAGGCAAAUCUGACGUUCAGAAUCGUCUAGAUAGCGCUAUGCAAGGUGUCAAUGACAAAUACUUGAUAUUAGAAGAAACCGAAAAAAAUGCUGUACGAAAUGCAUUGAUUGAAGAACGAAGUAGAUUCUGUAUGUUUGUUAAUUUCAUGAAACCAGUUGUGGAUGGUGAGAUAGCGAUGUUAUCUGAGAUUACGCAUCUACAGACCAUUGUUGAUGACAUCACUAAUCAGUGCGGGGAUCCGUAUACAUUGCCUGUCGCUAGCGAACAAGUUAUAAUAGAUUGCAAAGGACAAGAACAGAAAUGGGCAUAUCAGACGCCUCCUAGUUCACCGGGUGGUUCAGUUGGUUCUCGAAAGUCAAGCAUGUGUAGUUUAAGUAGCCUCAAUAGUUCAGAUUCUCGUUCCAGCGGUUCAAUGAACUCACAUCAUUCACCCGGCAGCCGCUACAGCUACCGUCUCAUGUCACAACCUCCCCCUCCACCUAUGAGGUUAAACAGCGUCUCCUCACAAGAUUCAGGUUUCCUGUCGCAGGAUGCUUUGUUCAUGAAACCCAUCACUCCUACCACACCUAGCGUUAUCACACAGCUGGAGCAAGAUUCACAGGACGGUUCCAGUGAAAAACUUUCUUCCAAUGAAUCUGUUGUCAGCGUGCAAUCAAUGACCAGCGUUCCUUCCCAGCCAAUGUCCAAUCCCUCGCAGCAGUCGAUGUUUCCUGCCCCACCGCCUACUUGGAGUAACUGGAGCACCACGAUGAAUCACGAGACUGAGCGCCCUCAAGCUAUGCCGCCACCACUAGCUCCGUUAAACAAACCACCAUCACCGGAAAGACCACUGGUAACAACGAAAUCACGUGUACAAGACCAAACCGCAGCUUACGUGCCCAAUUUCAAUCAACCCCGUGUAGAUCAAGUCGUUCCACAACCUAUAUAUAUGAAUCCACAAGAUUUGAAGCAGAGAACUGGCAGAGAGGAGACUCGUCAAUCAGGGAGUCAGCGUCAACGUAGUAUGUCUGUCCCAGCCAGGCAGUUGCAUGCGCAGCUACAGAUGCAGGAGGCCUCCCAAGACGUGACGUCUGAUUUGACGAUGGCAUUGGCUCGUGGACUGGGCAAUACUUCUAUUGACACUGAGAGUCACUGCACUCAGAGUAGUAGGAAUUCUUUACAGACGUGUUCCAGUGGUUACGGCACCCAAUCAACCACACCAUCAUGUUCUGAAGACACCAUUGCAUCUCAAGAUGGUGAUUACUACUCACUGGAUGGUGAUGUUAAUGAUGAUUAUGACCGAUUUUCAACGAUACCCCGCAAUGGCGAUGUCAGCCAAGCGUACACGCCUAUGAUACAGCCGAAAAGACCCGCAUCCACAGUUGGGAUAACAACAGUCAGAGGAGCUAACGUGACUGUAGGAGGGGGAGGAGGAGGGACGCUCAGGAGGAACAAACCACCUCCGCCUGUGAGAAGGACAACGUCUAAUCCGUUAUCGCAAAAUGAUGAUUAUGAUGAUGAUGAUUCCGAUAGUAGUUCAAAUUAUAGUUCUCAUAAUAAUAAUCAGUUAACCCACGGUAUGAAUUUCAAUUCUCGUAAACAACACGAACAACAUUAUGAAGUACCCUGUACAAAGUACAGUACUCUACCAAGGCCCAGCAGCAGUGCUAGUCUCGGAUCACACGAUUAUAGAACAAUGAAAACAAAGCACCAGCAGGAAAUGUAUCAGCAGAUACAGCAACGACACCAGUAUCAGCUGCAGCAACGUUAUCAACUUACGCAACAACAACAGCAAUUUCAGCAAAAGCAGCUGCAGUACCAGCAGCAAAGACAGCAGCAGCAGCAACAACAGCAAGAACUACAACAACAACAGCAGCAGCAGCAACAGCAGCAACAACAGCAGCGUUAUGAUAAUUCCCAAGAUCUGUAUCAACAGAUGCAACAACAGCGUUUUGAUAAUCGUCAGGAGAUAUACCAGCAAACACAGCAGUUCCAGCAAAAGCAGCGACAGCCGUAUGAUAAUCCACAAGAAAUUUACCAGCAAACUCAACAACUGCAGAAUAAUCAAGCAUUUGAGAGACAGAAUCAGGAACGUCAGAUGUUGCAGCAGCAGUAUCAACAGCCGCAGCAACAACAACACGAUAAUCAGCAAAAUCAAGGAUCUCAUCACAUGACACAUCGACGCAGUUGCAGCGACGUCACAUCGCCUAACAGUUCCAGCAUGGUUGAAACUGCUCCUGUCAGUAAUAAAAUAACCUUCAUUCAAAGCUUAGAAGCUAAAUUUGCAAAGCAACAACAGCUGCAGCAGCAACAACAACAACAACCAGACUUUUCUUCCAAUACCGUUGAUGACAAUAACAGUUCGUCAUCAUCCACCUCUGAAACAUCAACAAGUUGGUUAAGUGAAAUCAGAAGAGGGGUUCGGCUUCGGCAGACUCAAUCUAACGACAGAUCAGGUCCUCGAAUAUGA